AUGCUGAAAAAACUCUUUAACAUCCUGGCCUUUAUUAUUUUCGUCAGUUUGCUAUAUUUUGUUGUGUUUCUAUUCUUCAGCAAAAAAAACACUGUAAUUUUUUUUGCAAAGCCACAUCGUAUGCCAAAUGGAGACGACACACUUUCUCAGUGGAUAAAUGAACACGUUAAACUGAUGACUCAAGCUCCAAAUGCAGGCCAAGAAGAGACACAGGUGCCACUGACUUUGGGAACCUGCCCUGACACCCCUCCAAAUCUUGUAGGUCCACUCCAUGUGGACUUCAAUUCAACUUGGACUUUGGAUGAGGUGAGAAAGGAGGUCAGUGCCCCUCUUCAGGAAGGAGGACGGUACAAACCACCAGACUGUAUCGGCCAACAGAAGGUGGCGAUCAUCAUCCCAUUCAGAAAUAGGCAUGAGCACCUUAAGUACUGGCUGUAUUACCUCCAUCCUAUUUUGAUGCGACAACAGUCGGACUACAGAGUGUAUGUCAUCAACCAGGAUGGAGAGGGAGUGUUCAACCGUGCCAAACUGAUGAAUGCAGGCUACGCUGAAGCACUGAAGGAAUAUGAUUUUGAGUGCUUUGUCUUCUCUGACGUAGAUCUGGUUCCUAUGGAUGACCGUAACCUCUACAGAUGUUUUGACAGUCCCAGACACUUGGCUGUGGCUAUGGACAAAUUCAACUUCCACUUACCCUAUGACCACUACUUUGGUGGGGUUAUUGCAUUGUCCAAGGAGCAGUUCUUGAAGAUUAAUGGCUUCCCAAACACUUACUGGGGCUGGGGUGGUGAGGACGACGAUAUGUAUAAGCGAAUUAUCUACAGUGGAAUGUCCAUUUCUCGACCUGACUUGGUGACAGGAAAGUACAGGAUGGUCAAACAUGACAGAGACCUGCACAAUGAAGCUAACCCAAAGAAUCCUGGCAAACUGCUCAUAACCCAUUGGAAAAUGAAAAAAGAUGGGAUUAAUACAUUAAAGUAUACAGUCAAGGAGAUUGUGAAGGAUAUACUGUACACUUAUAUCACUGUGGAUAUUAAUGCUCCACUAAGAUGA